UUAUAUUUAGUACGGUUAAAAAAUGUUUCAAAAUAAAUCUGAUUCUCAAAAGCGUUCAGAUAAAAUAUCCAAAUUAUUGGGGGAUUAUUUGCUUAAAAGAUAUGUGAUGCUGGGAUCAACCUGUACUAAAUGUGAUACUAUUCUACUAAAAACACCUGCUGGGAUUGAAUAUUGCGUUGGAUGUUCAGAAAUUGAUAAUACAAUACCCGAUAUAAUAACAGACAAUGAUUUUGUGAAAAAAUCUACCAAUAAUCAAUCAGAUUUAAAUGCUCAGGGUGAUAAUGAUGAUAAAAUAUUGAGCCAAAUUUUGAAAAACAAAAUAGUGCAAAUAUCACAAAAGCUUGAAAGAGAGAAAGAUUUAGACAAUCAAAUUAAAAUAUUGCAGAUAAUUAAAUUAUGCUUCGAAAAUUUGGCAGAUAACACAAAAUGUAUGAAUUCUUAAAUAUUGUAUAUAUUUGUAAAAGAUUGUUUAACCAUACAUGCUUUUUUAUUGUAAAAUGUAUAUUGAAAA